CCUUAAUCAUGACUUUACCUACUUUUGACCAAUUACCUAUCAGCCCUGAAUAUCCUCCUCAAACUGCCUGGGGUGUGUGGGGUAAAGAAGAUAACCUCGGUACACUUAAUCUUUUGACAGAAGAACGAGUUGCAAAUGCUGCUAAAUAUAUCAAACGAGGCGCUGUCUUCUCCCUCAACUGGAACUUAGAAUCCCCUAGUCCUGCUCUUUUCGGUAGAACUCAUAUUGAUCAUGCUUACAAAGCCAUUGCUCCCAAUGAUUUAGGGUUUGAUGAUUGUUACAGCAACUUUAAUACUCAGUCCUCCACUCAAUGGGAUGGCCUCCGUCAUAUCGCUCACCUCAGUUCCGGCCUAUUUUAUAACGGUGUCAAGUCCUCUGAAAUCGUCAAGGGAAAUGAUGAAACCAAUGGUCGUCUAGGCAUUCAUCAUAUGGCUCGUAAAGGUAUCGCUGGUCGUGCUGUCCUGCUGGAUUACGCUCGUUGGGCUCGUGUACAUAAACCAGACUAUGACCCAUUUGUCAGAUACGAAAUCACCGUACAGGAUCUGGAUGAAAUCGCAAAGGCUCAAGGCGUGGUCUUUGAGCAAGGGGAUAUUUUGCUUGUUCAUACCGGUUGGUUAGAGACUUAUGAACGUCAUGGAGAUAAAGUCAAGGAAUUAAUCACCGAUCUUGAAAACCCAGAUUGUGCGGGCAUCAAGGCGUGUGAAGAUACCUUUCGCUGGGUUUGGGAUCAUCAUUUUGCAGCCGUAGGAUCUGAUAACUUUGCCUUUGAAGCUUUUCCACCUAAGGAUUGGAACAAAUCAUGCCACUCUACUUUCUUGGGCGGGUUCGGUCUUCCUAUCGGCGAAAUGUUUCAAUUGGGCGCGUUGGCAGAGGAUUCGGCAAAAGAUGGCGUCUACACUUAUUUCUUUACAAGUGCUCCCUUGAAUAAACAAGACGGUAUUGCAACACCUCCUAAUGCGUUGUGUAUCAAAUAA